AUGAUCUUUCUUCGACGUUUCUCUAAAACAAAGACAGAGAGUGCUCGCAAUAAGGAAAAUUCUUCGAAUAAUGGAAAAAACAACUCAUUUCUUCGCACCAAAAACAACAGUUUUGAUCAUAUUGCAACCAACAAAGUCUCCCUUCAACUUCUUCACUCGUUUCAUCAUGAAGUGAAUGAUGAUUGCUGCGAUCAUUCCAGCACGCCCUCAACAAUUCGAGAGAAAAUUCAGCAAUACUAUUCUAUUGAAUCUUUGAUUGAACUUCAAGAUCCAGAGGCACUUGACAUUCUUCGAGAUUAUCUUCGACAACGCAAGAAUGAAGAAUACUUGUCCUUUCUUGAAAUGAGGAGAGAUUUUAGAGAACGACAAAACAACAUCAUGAUUCGGAACAGACAAAGUUGCUCUCGUGAUCGAUCCAUUGAUUUCGACGACGAGUUCGAUUCCUUCAUUGUGAUCGAUACCAACAAUGUUUUAUCCUCUUCUCCAUCUUCUUCUUCUUCUUCAUUAAAACCUAACGAUUGGUUACUCUUUGAUGAAAUGAACGCCAUUUUCAACAAGUUUUUAAACUGGGACAGUGAACAUUGCAUGAACGUACCAUCCCAAAUAAGGGAACAAAUUCAAAAGGUGAUGAACGAUAUUCAUCGACUCAAUAAUACAAGACGACCGAGAUUAUCAAUAACGAGUUCUGCCUCCAAUUCUUCAUCAAAGUCCUUCACUUCACCUGCUUCACCUUCUUCAGUGAUUUCAAGAACUUUUCGAGCGAGUGUUGGAGAUUUUUCAGAUCAUGAAUCGUCCAUGGAAUGGCAAUCUCCACUCCAAUAUCCUUACGCCAGCGUUGACAUGAAGGAUCUAAGAGAUCGAAUUCAAAACUGUUUGAACACUCUUACUACCGUGGUUAUGUUACAAUUCAAUAAUGAAAUUAUGCCACAUUUUAAAAAGACGGAAGAGUUCAAAACGUUUAUCAUUGCCAAACUCAUUGAAUUAAGUUCACAAGAAGGAGGUUGUGGUGUGAACACACGGAUUGAAGAUAUUUUGAAUCAAAAUGAAUUGUCAGAAUAUGUGAAAACUUUUUCAAAAAUGAAAUUAAUAAGGAUGGAACAAAUCAAAGAUUUCACAUCGAAUGACCUUAGAGAAAAAAUUGGUGUGAAAAAGGUGGGACAUUUGAAACGAAUAGAAAGAUUGAUUAGUGAAUACAAUGCAAGACCAAUCCUCAAAUAA